AUGAACAAACCAGCGAUAGUAGGCAUAGAUCUAGGAACCACUAACUCAUGCAUUUCCAUAAUGCAGGACAGCAUUCCUACAAUAAUAGAGAAUCAAGAGGGACAGCGAACUACGCCAAGCGUGGUUAACAUUUCUGGUGAGAAUGUGAUAGCCGGAAAACCUGCACAACGCAGAUUGCUGACAGACCCGAAACACACCAUUUUCAACGUAAAGAGAUUAAUUGGCAGAAAAUAUGCAGACACUGAGGAAUACACCAGAAAACUACCUUUCGACGUUCUGGAAGAGAAGGAUGAAAUACAAAUCAAGGUUGAUGAUAAACGCUACGAACCGGCAAAAAUAUCAUCUUUUGUACUAUCGAAGCUGAAAAGCGCUGCAGAAAGCUACUUGAACAGACCAGUUAAGCUUGCUGUGAUAACAGUGCCGGCAUAUUUUAACCACACACAGCGCGAGGCGACAAAAAAAGCGGGUGAACUGGCGGGGCUCAAGGUGUUAAGGGUGCUUAACGAGCCGACAAGUGCUGCUUUGAACCAUGCCAUCACGGGUCACAUUGCCGUGUAUGAUCUUGGUGGUGGCACAUUUGAUAUUUCGAUCCUUGAGAAGAGCGAUAACAUUUUUGAGGUCAAGGCAACAGCGGGAGAUUCUUUUCUUGGCGGCGACGAUGUUGACAACUCUCUAACGGAUUUUCUGAUGGGAAAACUUAUGGAUGGCAACGAAUUGAGCGAUGAAGAUUUGAAGAAGAUCCGACCACGAAUGAAAAAGGCAGCUGAAAGCGCAAAGAAGGAGUUAUCAACACAAGAAAGCGUGACAAUCAGUGUUCCGUAUGCGUAUAAAGAUACGCAUUUCAUGCAUGAACUAGGACGUGCUGAGUUUGAAGACAUAGUUGCACCACUAAUCAAGAAAACAGUUAAACCGUGUUUGAAGGCACUGAAGGAUGCAAACAUUGAUCAGGUGGACCAUCUUGUGCUCGUUGGCGGAAUGACGAGGAUGCCUUUGGUCAGAAGACUCAGUGAAGAAAUUUUCAAACGUAAGCCAUUAUUUACAGCUUCUCCCGAUGAAUCAGUGGCACAGGGCGCUGCCAUCCAAGCUGCUAUUCUAUCAGGUGAUGUAAACAAGCUUCUUCUUGAUGUGACAAGUCUCAGUCUGGGGAUUGAAACCGUUGGCGGACUGAUGAGCACCAUCGUGAAGCGUAACAGCACGUUGCCACUGAAAAAAAGCAGUGUAUUCACGACCAGCGAGGACGGCCAGGAAGAAGUGAUAGUUAAUAUUUACCAAGGAGAGGACGAAAAUGUGAAAAAUAAUUGUUUCUUGGGCAAGAUAAUCCUCAAGAACAUCAAGAAAGCACCCAAGGGUGUGCCGAGGAUUGAGGUCGGAUUUGAGGCGGACGUGAAUGGAAUUUAUCGGGUGACAGCCAGGGAUUUACUUACGGGCAAGGAACAGAGCGCAGAGGUGACAGGGAUUCAAAGUAAAGAAAAUGAAGUUGCUGAAAAAAUACAAGAAAGGAUGGAAGAAAAAAAGGAAUUGGUUGAUAAAAACGAUACGAAAAAGUCCAGCAGGUUUUUUGAUUUUGUUCAAAACUUGCUAUCGAAUGGUUCACAAGGAACAGUUGAUGAUAAGAAGGAGGAAAUUUUAUAGGAUGAUGAUGUAUUUGGUAGUUUGAACAGCACCAAGUUGCUCUUGUUCGUGCUGAACUGAGACGAAUGUGAUGGUUUUAGCAGUGCUGAUGAGUUCAUGGGUAAUACAGUGAUAGCUAAGUAAAUUAUUCUUGGAC